AAGUGGCGGCGCGGUCCGGCAUUCCGCGGCCUCGCGCCGGGCUUGCUGGCGGACCCAGCGCUCCGGGGGUGGCUGGCGCUAUGAGUUCCUUCCAGGGACAGAUGGCCGAGUACCCGAGCAUCUCCAUAGAUCGCUUCGACAGGGAGAAUCUGAGGGCGCGCGCCUACUUCCUGUCGCACUGCCACAAGGAUCACAUGAAAGGGUUAAGAGCCCCUGCCUUGAAAAGAAGGUUGGAGUGCAGCUUGAAGGUUUACUUAUACUGUUCGCCUGUUACUAAAGAGUUGUUGUUAACUAGCCCGAAAUACAGGUUUUGGGAGAAAAGAAUUAUAUCAAUUGAAAUUGAAACUCCUACCCAGAUAUCCUUAGUUGAUGAAGCAUCAGGCGAGAAGGAAGAGAUUGUUGUGACUCUCUUACCAGCUGGUCAUUGCCCAGGAUCAGUUAUGUUUUUAUUUCAGGGUGAUAAUGGAACUGUCUUGUACACAGGAGACUUCAGAUUGGCCAAAGGAGAAGCUGCCAGAAUGGAGCUUCUGCAUUGCGGGGGCAGAGUGAAAGACAUCCAAAGUGUGUACUUAGAUACUACUUUCUGCGAUCCCAAAUUUUAUCAAAUUCCUAGUCGAGGAGAGUGUCUGAGUGGAAUUUUGGAGCUGGUUCGGAGCUGGAUCACUCGGAGUCCAUACCAUGUCGUGUGGCUGAACUGCAAAGCAGCGUACGGGUAUGAGUAUCUGUUCACCAACCUUAGUGAAGAAUUUGGACUCCAGGUCCAUGUGAAUAAAUUAGACAUGUUUCGAAACAUGCCUGACAUUCUCCAUCAUCUUACCACAGACCGCAGCACUCAGAUCCAUGCUUGUCGCCAUCCAAAGGCAGAGGAAUAUUUUCAAUGGAAUAAGUUACCCUGUGGAAUUACUUCCAAAAAUAGAAUUUCGCUCCACACAAUCAGCAUUAAGCCAUCCACAAUGUGGUUUGGAGAAAGAACCAGAAAAACAAAUGUAAUUGUGAGGACUGGAGAGAGUUCAUACAGAGCUUGUUUUUCUUUUCACUCCUCCUACAGUGAGAUUAAAGAUUUCUUGAGCUAUAUCUGCCCUGUGAAUGCAUAUCCAAAUGUAAUUCCAGUGGGCACAACUAUGGAUAAGGUUAUAGAAAUCUUAAAGCCUUUAUGCCGAUCUUCCCAAAACACUGAGCCAAAGUACAAACCACUUGGACAACUGAAGAGAUCUAGAACAAUUCACCUAGACUCUGAGGAGGAGGAGGAGGAAAAUGACCUCUUUGAUGAUCCUCUGCCGGUACCUUUAAGGCACAAAGUUCCAAACCAGCAAACUCAUCACCCUGUGGUAUUUCCAAUGACUGAAGUAUCACAAAACCAGCCUGAAAAUCUGAGACAAAGCACAGGAUGCAUCAAAGCAAAGAGCAUGAAAACCUCUCUUUGGGCAAACUUUAUAGACUGUGAAGAAUCCAACAGUGAAAGUGAAGAAGAAUUACCAAUCCCAGCCUCAGGUCAAGGAGAUCCGAGCCCUCCACCCCAGCAAAAGACUGAUGUGGAAGUACCACAGUGGGACGUAUUCUUUAAAAGAAAUGACGACACAGACUGCAGUUUGGAAAACUUCCCUUCCUCCACAGAGGCAGGGGGUUCUCAGUCACCAAAGCUUUUCAGUGACUCUGAUGGCGAGUCAACUCACAUCUCUUCUCAGAAUUCCUCUCAGUCUACACACAUCUCAGAACAAGGAAGUCAAGGCUGGGACAGCCAGUCUGACACUGUUUUGUUAUCUUCCCAAGAGAGAAACGGGGGGGAUAGUACUUCCGUGAACAAAGGUAGCUACAGACCAAGAGUCAAAGAGAAUCUUCCUGGCUCUCAGAUGGAACAAAAUGUACUUUGCCCAAAGGAUACUUACUCUGAAGAUGUAAAUGUAGUUUCUAGUGCUGGAGAACCAACCACUGUAAGCAGUGGGAAACACAUACCUCAGGAAAGAAAGUUGCUAACUCUUAGCACCAAUGCAGAUUCACAGAGCUCCUCUGAUUUUGAAAUUCCCGCAACUCCAGAAGCUGAGCUACCUAAACAAGAGCAUUUACAGUAUUUAUAUGAGAAGCUGGCAACAGGUGAAAGCAUAGUUCUUAAAAAAAGAAAAAGCUCACUCUUAGAUACUUAAGAAUUCAUUCUAGGGACACCCCUGAAAAAACCUAUAUAUACAAAGAAGUAAUAGUCAAAAUCUUAAGUCAAAAUGCUCAUAUAACCUAAAGGAAGGCAAUAAGAAGAAACAGGAACAAAAAAUAGAGGGGAAAAAACAUAAGAUGUGGGAGGACUAAAUCCAAACAGAUAAAUAACUAAAUUAAAAUGGUCUAAACACACCAAUGAAAAGAUAGGAAAAAAUAAAACAUAACCCAAGUAUAUGCUGUCUAUAAGCAACUCACUUCACAUGAUAUAGGUUGGUUAAAAGUAAAAGGAUGAAAGAUAUACCAUGUAAACACUACUCAAUAGACAGGUGGAGUGACUAUAAAAGGUGCAGUUCACCAAGAAGAUACAAUUUUAAAUGUGCAUGUACUUAACAACAGCUUCAAAAUAUGCAGGCAUACCUUGGAGCUAUUGCAGGUUAGUUCCAGACCACUGCAACAAAGCAAGUCACAUGACAUUUCUGGUUUCCUAGUGUACAUAAAAGUUACGUUUACAUUAUACCGUGACCUAUUAUGUAAUAGCAUUAUGUCUAAAAAAAACAAAAAAACCAGCAUACCUUACUUUAAAAAUACUUUAUUGCUAAAAAAAAAAAAAAUGCUAACUAUUGUCCGAGCCUUCAAGUUGUAACCCUUUUGCUGGUGGAGGGUCUUGCCUUGACGUUAAUGAGCAUGCACUAUUUAAGAGCAAUAAUAUGAGGUAUGCCUGUACAAAGGAGAAGCAACUGAAAGGAGAGACAAACCAAUGCACAAUUAUAGCUGGGACUUCAGCAUUCCUUUCACAGUAACAAUUAGCUUACAGAAAAUCAGCAAGGAUAGAGAAGACAUGAAUAGCACCUAUCAAUCAACUGGAUUCAAUUGAUACUCAAUCCAACAAUAGAAUACAUGCUUUUCAAGAAUAUAUGGGACAUUCACCAAGAUAGAUCAUAUCCUGGGUCAUUGGAAUACUCAAAAUUGAAAGAAUAAACUUGGCUAUUAUUAUAAACUGAGGGUUAUAGGAAAAUUCAGCCCUGAACUUACCUCAAAAGAUGUUACACCACUUAAAACAAUUAAAUGCCAAAAGUAUA